UCAGGCACCGCUGCGACAACGAGUCGGCGACGGUCCGGUAUCGGCACGAAUCGGCCGCCGAGGGCUGGGGAGGGAUGCGGCUGCUGCGAGGACUGGAGGGGAGCGCGGUCUUCCGCAACCUGUCGCAGCUGAUUGCCGCGCAGCAGGACGAGGGGUGGAGCAUGCGCGUCGAGGCGGACCCCAACGACCUCUCCUCACGGCCGGUGGAUCAACUUCGCGACACCGCCUCGACGGGUCAGCACACCGUCCUCGGCCCUCAGCUGUACCUGCACGACACUCGCAUCUCGACGCUCUGCCCGGCGCUCCUCGAGAGAGUGCGGCCGCCCCGAUACUUCCCGGUGGACCAGCUGCGCCAGCUGGCGGGCGCGGACUUCGACAAGGACGACUGCAGGGCGUACGAGUACAGGUCGGUCCACCCCUCCCUCUUCCUCGGCCCGGCGCACUCCGCCUCCGGCCUGCACCGGGACUCGAAGGGGACCCGCUUUUGGAUGGCGAGCUUCCGGCUGACCGACAAGGUGGACUCGAUCCUGCUCAAGCAGCGCGGGCCAACAAGGUGCGACGAGGAGACUAUCGCGCUGCACGAGAAGCACCGCCGCACCGCCAAGCCAAACCUGUUCGCCGAGGUAACGGUCUGGGAGGGGUCGGUGGGUGCGGGCGAGCUCAUCUUCAUCCCCGAGAGCUGGGCGCACGAGGUUCGCAACGAGGAUGCGACGGGCUCGAUCGAGGAUCUGGACGAGGAGGAGUAUGGCAAGUUUGACUGGCUGCGCGAGCAGAUCAACGUCAUCGCCUUUGCGCACGAGGAGCAGUCCUUCCCGUCUCACGGGCGCGCGGGCCCGGCGGAGCUGUCGACGGUCGACUGGGAGACGUUUCUCGAGUGGAACCGGCCCGGAGUGCGCAAAACCGUAAAGCAGUACUGGGAGGCGAGGAAGAGGUGGUCCAACGGAGGCGCAGCCAGGGCGAGGGAAAGCUAG